AUGGGUAUUUGCAGCUCGUCCGGGUCGACCCAAGUGGCCACGGCCAAGCUGAUCCUACAAGACGGGAAAUUACAAGAAUACCCGUACCCAGUAAAGGUUUCCUACGUGCUUCAAAAGAACCCCGCCUCCUUUAUCUGCAACUCGGACGAGAUGGACUUCGACGACAUCGUUCAGGCCGUUAAUGAGAACGAGGAGCUCCAACCGGGCCAGCUCUACUUCGCUUUGCCACUCAGCUGGCUCAAGCAUCCAUUGCAGGCGGAGGAGAUGGCCGCAUUGGCCGUCAAAGCCAGCUCCGCGCUUAUGAAGAGUGGGGGUGAGAAAUGCGGCUGUGGCCGCAAUUCAUUGUCGCAGGUGAUAAUUUCCGGCGAGGAGAUCAAGGAUCGCCGGCGAGUGGUCCCCGCCGGCGGUGCGUCGAGGAGGGGGAGGGGUAGUGGAGGAAACAGACGUGCGGCGUUGUUGAGUGCGAUUCCGGAGUAG